CAGCUAGUCCACUCACUGAUGCCCUGAUCCUUCCCACAAAAACACAGCGACUACACCUCUCUCAACUACACAGACCUCAACUCCUCAACACUCGCCACAUCUGGAGGAGGAGGACUGGGGGAAGCCGACGCUGCCCGCACAGCAGCUGCACGUCCUUUUCUCUCUUUCUCUCUCUCUCUCUUUUUUUUUUUCACCUUUUCUCUCUUUUCCUGCGCCACCAAGAGAAAGUGCCGCGUCCUUGAAAUUAUAAGUUGAAAGAGAGGGAGAGUGAGAGACAGUGUGGGAGAGAGAGAGAGAGGGAGAGAGCAAGAGAGAGUUGCUUAACGGCGAAAUAAAUCCCGCUCUGAGUACUUCAUCACGGACCACUAACAGGGAGGUGAAUGGACCUUCACCGCCCCUUCAAGAUGGACAGCCCCUCCUACCUGCCAGCUCCACUGGCCUCCCCUGCCCUGAUGGUCCUCGCCACCACUGCCGAGGCCGGCCGAGACGCCUCCGUCCCCUGCCAGGCGCCCAGGCCCUUCGGUGUCCCUGCUUCUGUAGAGAAGGACCUCCACCUUCCCUUCCCCUCAGCCUCCUACACAUUCACCUCCAUGUAUCAGCGACAGGGCCCCAUGUCAGGCACCUUUCCCUCCCGAGACUUCCCAGCCUCCCUGCUCCACCUGCACCCCCAAUUCACCCCACCGAACCUGGACUGCUCCACCCUUGGUAUGCUCAACCACAGCGGGGUGGGCGCCUUCCGACCUUUCGCCUCCCCGCCAGAGGAGAGGGAGUCAGGGGGUUACCAGUCGGCUUUUACCCCUGCCAAGAGGCUGAAAAGCUGCUUCCCGGAGGUGGAGGGGAAGGAGUUUGACUUCGGCUCCUCGGGAGGCUCCCUCAAAACCGGGGAGGACUCAGGGAGGAAGCUGUUCUCCAUGUCUGGCCUGAUGUCUGACGGAGAGGCUUCAUCGAGCCCGGAGGAGCGCAAAGAGCACAUUAAAGUGAAGUGUCUCUACGACACUCAGGCGCCGAUGUGUCCAGUCUGCCAGGCCAUUCUGCGACCGGGAGAGCUGCAAGAACACAUGGAGCAGGAGUUAACCAAACUCGCCCAGCUGCAAAUCAGUGCCACUUCGGUUCAGCACGAACACCUCUUAAGGACCCCAAAGUCUCUCUCUCUCUCUCUGCAUAUAAAGCGUGAAGGAGGUUCUCCCACCUCACCCCCUCGACCAGCUGAGGACGCCCACUCUGACCGAUACCAGACGUUUCUCCGAGUGCGGGCCAACAGACACACAAGACUAAAUGUCGAUGACCUCUGCUGGUGCAGGUGCUACGUCAAAUCUGCCCCAUUACGCCCCCACAGCGCAGGAGCCCACCUAGACUGCACACAAGCUGUCAGGAUUGGAAAGCUGAAGAGGAGGAAACCAGAGGAGGGACAGGAGGGUUCAGCGGACUUGGUGCCAUUGGAGGACGAGUGGAAUGAGAGGAGAAGGAUACAGAUGACGUCUAUAGUCGGAGGGCUUAAAGGUGCAAUGCUGGUGAGCACAACUUCUAAGGAUUGUCGAGACAGCGACGCAGACCUGGACGUGGACGGAGACGACACUCUUGAGUACGGCAGAGCACAAUACACGGACACAGAUGUGAUCCCCUGCUCAGGAGAAAGCUGCAAGGAGACGACAGUGAACAGCAGCAGCAGCAGCAGCGGCGGCAGCAGUACAUUGCCUGAUUCCAGAUUAAACCUAGACUUUUCCAAAUGGUUAACUGAUGGGAGUCCGUCUACCAGCAGUGGAGAUAAAGUGGACGGCAGUUUAGCUGCUCUGCCCAAAACCUGCAAAAACACUGAGAUAGAGAUGCUCUCAGAGGACUCCACACUGACAACUCUGGAUGCACUUAAAGCUCGGAUACGGGAUUUGGAAAAACAGUUGUCUAAAGGAGACAGAUUUAAAUGCCUCAUCUGCAUGGACACAUACACAACCCCGCUCACUUCCAUCCAGUGCUGGCAUGUUCACUGCGAGGAGUGUUGGCUUCGGACGCUGGGAGCAAAGAAGUUGUGUCCUCAGUGCAACACCAUCACUUCACCUGGAGACCUGAGGCGGGUUUACCUGUGAGAGGGGAGGGGCUUCUUCUCUUUUAGCCAAUCAGGGGUGGACUUGUGGGCAGCUGGCCUGUCAUAGACUCCCACCCUCCUUCUUCUCCUCCUCCUCCUACCUUCCUGGUCAUUUCUUUACGUCAGUGUACUCCUAAGUUCUAAGUUGAACAACAGCAAACGUGACCUUUGACCUUCCUUUUACAGCCCUGUACAAUAUCCAUGUUCCUGCUGCAACAUCAACCAGAUCUGAAGAAACAUUUAAAACCGACUGAGAGCUCAGGCACUGAAAAGACACAUAGAGGAAAAUGCUUUGGGACAAUAUUUAUCGAUUUUAUAAUCCUUUUGUCUGUUUUAUGAAAAAAAAAAAGUUGAAUCACAUUCAAAGCACAUGUACAUACUUUUGUGUAUGUUUGGAUUGGUGUGUGUAUAUGAUGUUGACUAGCAGAACAACAUGACUAUUUACUGUACAGAGUCUUUGAUUAGAUCAUCUAUUAUUUGUUUAGCUCCUGCAGGUUCACUAACAGUAAUAUCAUAACAUCCAGGCUCAUUUUGUCUCUGUCACUGACGUGUUUCUUUGUACAGGAUCAUUAAAUCUAAUUUUAUCAAUGUUACUACAAUAAAA